GUUGACCCUGAAAAAUGAAAGUGUAAUUUCAGUGACAUCGUAUUUAUUUUGAAGCUCCUAAUGUACUUGGUAGGCGUGGUAAAAGAGAUUGCUAGGCUAGCACUUGUUGCUUUUACAUUUUUUAAGUAGUUUUGAUCUUGACAUUCUCAAGUGUGUUUACUACAGCACUGUCUUGUGUGUUGUUGAAGCUAUACAUCAAAAAUGCUCAACUUCUGCCUAGUACGACAAAGAUGGUUGUGGGCAAUCUUGCAUGAAAAAAUAAGUAUUAUCUGCGUGUGACUGAUUGCACAUAUGUUGCUAUGCUUGGAGAGACAGGUUUUGCAGCCAUAUUUCCCGAAAGAGGAAUAAUUUAUACUAGAGAGUUCCUUGGCUGUGGAGCCUUCACUGAAUUCUCUCAUUGGGGUGGCGUAACAGACCUUAGCCAUUCCACCUCGUAGCUGUGGGUUGCCUUCCCUGUGCUCCCUACUUUUUGUCAUCAGAUCUGCUCUGAGGCCUCCUGCGUUGGACCUGCUGCUCAGCUUCUUGGUAGCCUAGAGAUAUCCUUUGAUGAAACUCUCAGGGACACAGCAUAAGCAUUACUGUGGUGGAGGCAUUGGGGACUGCUUUCCUACUAAACAGGAGAAUACACAAUUCCUGCAUACAUUUUAUCCUGCAUUAAAUUCCCACAUAAGUAUACUUCACUAUAAAUCAUAGUCUAGCUGGCAUUUAAAAUGGGAGUUGUGCAACUGAGAGCCCUUCUGUGAAGCAGAUGAUGCAAAUCCUUGCUUAACUGUAAAGGCUUAAGUAUUGCAGCAGGACCAUUUGCAUUACAGAUCUGUUUGACCCAUAAGGUAUCUUCUUCCUCCUCCAGUUGUCCUCCUGCCUAGUUUUAGUACAGACUUGAAAGACAAAACCACUUCAAAUGCAACAGUUUAUAAUUAAUUUCAGGAAAGCAGGAAGAGAAAUCCUAAACCGUUCAUUCAUACUGCUUUGACUUCUUUCCAAAGAAGAUCUGUGAUGCUAGCUGGACUGAAGAGCGUAACAUACUCUCUCUUCUUGUUCUGCGGGUGCCACGUCCAUGUGGGCUUCCUGCUGUGGGCUGCUGAAUGAAGUCAUGGGUACUGGAGCUGUCCGUGGCCAACAGUCGGGAUUUGGAGGAGGUGCUGGUCCAUUCCGAUUUGCACCAAAUACAGACUUCUCAGCAUGUCCAUCUUCAACAGGAGGUGCUGACAUAGUCUGCAAAGCUUGUGGACUUUCCUUUUCAGUCUUUAGGAAAAAGCAUGUGUGCUGCGACUGCAAGAAGGAUUUUUGCUCAGUUUGUUCAGUCUUACAAGAAAAUCUCCGAAGAUGUUCUACGUGUCACUUGUUACAAGAGACAGCGUUCCAGCGGCCUCAGUUAAUGCGACUGAAAGUGAAGGAUCUACGUCAGUAUCUUAUUCUCCGAAACAUCCCAACAGAUACCUGUCGAGAGAAAGACGACCUGGUGGAUCUUGUGCUGUGUCACCAUGGAGUACACUCGGAGGAGAGUGCGGACACUAGCAGCUUGCACUCUGCACGGUCACAGACUUCUAGUAUUUUUGCGCAUCCAUUUUCAAUGUCUGUAUCGGUGUCGUCCUCACAAGGGGAGUUUGCAAGCAGAAGGGGUAGCGCAGGAAAUGGAACCCUUUUACAGGGCCAAGCUGAAACCCCUUCAGCAAAUGAAGAUGAUGAUGCUGCAGAAGAGCAGACCCCUGGGCUGUCCAGAAAGCGAGCGAGGGCAUCACUGUCUGACAUUUCAAGUCUAGAAGACAUAGAAGGGUUGAAUGUUCGCCAGCUGAAGGAGAUACUUGCUCGUAAUUUUGUCAACUAUUCAGGAUGCUGUGAAAAGUGGGAACUUGUGGAAAAAGUGAACAGACUGUACAGGGAGAGUGAGGAAAAUCACAAGACACAAGGAGAGAAGAUGCAGCUGAAUGACAACGAUGAUAAUCUGUGCAGGAUCUGCAUGGAUGCAGUCAUUGACUGUGUUCUUCUGGAAUGUGGUCAUAUGGUCACGUGCACAAAGUGUGGCAAAAGGAUGAGCGAGUGCCCCAUCUGCCGGCAGUACGUUGUACGGGCAGUGCAUGUAUUUAAGUCUUAAACGAAGAGCAGCAAUGGAUUUUCUAGCCACAUGCUGACUUCCAGGAUUUCUGUGGACAAGAGUGAGUGACUGAGCUUGGGCUGUAGGGCAGACCUUAGUUUCAAUAUCAAAAUCAUAACAUUUUGUAGAGCAGGAUCUAAAGUCUGUCAAACACUUUCUAUGGUAUAAUUACAUCUGCAUUUUGGCAAUAUGAUGCCUGUGUGUAGAAUGCUAGAGCUGCCUGAAUUACCUUAUAAAACCACAAACUGUUGAAGUCAAACUGUUUACAGCUGAUUUAUAUCACUUAUUGCUCUCUUCUGAAGAAUAACCCAAUCUUUAUUCAUUAUGUUAAUGUGCUGAAUGAUUGUAAUCACAACGUACUGCUUUAACUUUGAUCGUGUUGUUGGGUGACUACAUGUUCUGGUGCAUUAGGAACAAUGACUACACCAGUAGACUUCAUUGAAAUCUUUAAUAUGCAUAAAAAAGUUUUAUAGAAUGUAACUAUUUUGACACUGGUUGUACAGUGGUGUCAAGACAGUCUCUAAAAACAAGAUUGUAGAAAUCACUGCCUUUGCCUACAAAUAUUUCUAAUGUCUGUCCAUUAUGUGUGUACUCUGGCCAUUCUUUAUCAAAGAGAAUCAGCCUAGUAAUGUCAAACUGUCUUUAGGUAGGGAAUAAAAUCUAAUUUUGAAGAGGCUUUUUAACAGAUGAUAAUGCUGGUGGCUCCCGAAUCCAUACAAGCCUGCUGUAACUACUUAGUAUUCUUAUAAAAGAUAAUUGUAAUAAUGUGAAUGCUGCUCAGGAGAGUUUGCCUGCAACUGCUAGUAUACAUUCCAAAAUAUUAUUUCUAAACCUGACAGCAGUCUGUCUAAAGGGUGCAGUGAAAGAGAGUAGAAGAGAAAAAAAAUGAGUGGGAGCUGAAGCUUUUAACUCCCAGGUGGCUGAAUCGAGGCAAGAAAUUGCUGGCUAUCUGUUCAGAAGCCUACAUAAAGUCAGUCUCUCUCUCUCUGGUUUGAUACCAUCUAGGAACUAAUCAGUGGCAGCAGUCACUACCCAUCUGGAAUAGAGAUUGCUAACAUGAUCCCUGCAGCUCAUCAGGAACAGACUUUUUUGCGAGGAAUUAGAGGGGCCAUGCUGGGAUGCAAGUAUUGCCACAGUCUCUGUUCCGAGGAGAGAGAUUGCUGUGUCAUGCUGGCACUUGUAAUCGAGUACUCAUUUUCUGAGGAAAAAAAAAAUAGUGGGGGGGAAAAGAUCUACCAGUGUUUCAGGCUCUAGUUAUGUAGUGACAACUCUGAGCAGCGUUGCAUCUACAGCAAACACUUAUUGCCAAGUAACUGCAGAGUUGCACAAUAAUGCUCAAAUCAAGACUUAAAGGCUUGGUGAGCAGACUGCCUGGUCUCCUCUAGGUGGACAAGAUGCAACUUUUAGCAGCUGCAGCAAAAUAAUUUAGUUUUCUGUUCAUGGAGUAGGCAGCUUUCUCCCCGGCUUGAUUCAACGCAUCACCUGCUGGAGACAGUAAUAGAAAUGCAGCAGGGAGGGUAUGGAAGAGGUGGGAAGAGCUAAGGGGAUAUCUUCUACUGUGCCUAGUUUACAGUAUUCUAUGUCAUUCUGUAAAAUCCAGAAAACAUUUGCACAAGGUGCUGUCACUGCUCUUGUCUCAUGUGAAAACUAUUCCUGAGCUAUUAGACAAGCUUGGUCUCUGUUAAAUGAGCAAAGAUGGGCGCCAGGUAAGCAAGUGGCUCCUAUUGAAGUUUGUACAGGCUGUAAUAAAAUAUCUUGGGAAGUGAAUGUUAACCUCAUGUCGUACUUGUAACUGAGCAACUUAAAUGACAUGGCUACUUAUUUUUCAGAAGGGAGCAAAAAAAACAAACCUCUCAAUGGCUUUAUUUUUUAGCAAAAACUUUUUAAACAAUAGAAGGUACUGAAUUAGCUAACUCAUGCGCAAGGACUUGUCACACAGCGUAUCCAUGACUUCUGAUCCGAACAAUGGCUAUGCAAGCUCAAUAAAGGUUUGUAACUGGUUUGA